GAGCCAGAGCCAACAAUGGGGACUACCGGAGCAGCAGCAGCAGCACCAACACUGCUCUUCACUCUCGUCUUGCUCUUGGCUUCUACAUUUCCUAGUGAAUCGAGGCUUACUUAUGACUUCUACCAGAAAUCCUGCCCCAGGUUCAACCAAAUCAUUCAAGACACCAUAACAAACAAGCAGAUCACCAGUCCUAGUACCGCAGCCGGCACACUCCGCCUCUUCUUCCACGACUGUCUCCUCAAUGGCUGCGACGCCUCAAUUCUCGUUUCCUCCACUCCUUUCAACACUGCCGAGCGGGACGCCGACAUCAACCUCUCACUACCCGGCGACGCCUUCGACGUCGUGGUCCGUGCCAAGACUGCUCUCGAGCUCAACUGCCCUAACACCGUCUCCUGCGCCGACAUCCUCGCCGUCGCCACUCGUGACCUCGUCGUUAUGGUCGGUGGUCCGUUCUACAAUGUCCCACUCGGCCGCCGGGAUUCCCGCUUCUCGAAGGCUUCCGUCGUGGAAGGGAAUCUUCCGAGACCGACAAUGCCCAUGUCACAAAUCAUCAAAAUUUUUGAAUUGCGAGGGUUUUCGAUCCAGGAAAUGGUAGCUCUGAGCGGCGCUCAUACAAUCGGAUUCUCUCAUUGCAAAGAAUUCGCUAAUUUUGUUCAAAACGACACGCAUUACAACCCCAGAUUCGCCAAAGCACUCGAAAGCGCUUGCGGCGACUACCCCAGAAACCCAACAUUAUCCGUCUUCAACGAUAUCAUGACUCCAAACAAGUUCGACAACAUGUACUUCCAGAAUCUGCCGAAAGGGUUGGGGCUUUUGGAGUCGGAUCACGGGUUGGCAAUUGACCCGAGAACGAGGCCGAUUGUGGAGAUGUACGGGUCUGAUCAGGACAAGUUCUUCAAGGCAUUUGCUGCUGCUAUGCAGAAGCUCGGCCUCUAUGGAGUCCAGACUGGGAGAAAAGGAGAGAUUAGGCACAGGUGUGAUGCUUUCAAUUGAAGGCCAAGGAGUGAAUCGGAAUGGCUUGCCUUGAAAUUGUGAUUCUUUUUCGUUGGGUGUUGAGAAUUUGAUGAUAUAUAAAUGUAUACAAAUGUUCUGUACCACGUUAUGAUGAUACUGAGGCGUAAUUAUACAUAUUUUUCUUUUUUUAUUUAAGUUAUGGUCUGAUGGAGGCUUCAAUUUCUUCUA